AUGUUCGACCAAGAUGUUUAUCUAAACAAAUACAACAAAUUACGAUGUAUCUACAAAUACUAUAUCGAUUCAUUUCUUGCGUUGUAUAAGUUGAAAACGGAAUCAGAAGAAGAAUUAAAGUCAAUUUACAAAAUGAUCAAAACAGAAUUGAUUGAUUCCAAUAAAUAUCCACCCAAAAAUAUUAUAAAAGACAUUUUGAAUAUCAUUCCGUAUAAUAAUCGCUAUGCAAUGUCAUAUUUAUCUUUAACUAAACUCUUUUAUGAUGAAUAUCAUGUGGAACAAGUCAACAAUCUCAUAUCUCCUUCAAACACCCUGUUUUAUAAAGAAUAUGAAAUUAAAUUAGACAAAUCUUCUGAUUCCGGAAAUAAUUAUAUAAAAAAUCUGGAUAUUCAUACAGAAAAUACAAUAUACAGAGCAAUUAUGAAUAAUGACAAAGAAAGAUUCAUUUGCUUCACAGAAAGAGAUGGAUUUGAUAAAAAUGAAAUACUUGAAAGCAGUUUAUAUCCUUAUUCUAAAGAAGGAUAUUCAUUACUUGAAUUAUGUUGUUACCAUGGGGCAGUUGAUUGUUUCAAGUUAUUAAGAACAAAAUUUAACUCAGAAAUAACUAAAAAAUGUCUACAAUUUUCAUUUUUAGGCGGAAAUCCAGAGAUCAUGAGUGAAUGUUUAAAAUAUCAAAAAUCAGAUGAUGAUUGCAUGGAAUAUGCAAUUAUUUCACACAACAUUGAUUUUGUAACAUUCCUGAUGAAUGAAUACAAAAUAAAGAUUGAUUUAGAUAUUUGUGGAUUUUACAAUAAUCUUGAAGCCUUUUUAGUUUAUUUCAAUCAAACUAAUGAUACAAACAAAUGUUUUGUUUAUUCACCGAUUUUUAAUAUUCCAUCCCUUUGUGAAUAUUUUCUAUCACAUGGUAUGAAAAUCAAUGGAAAAGAUAAAGAUGGAAAAACAGCACUUCAUACUGCAGCAUUUCGCAAUUGUAAAGAAACUGCAGAACUUCUUAUUUCACGCGGCGCAAAAAUCAAUGAACAAGAUGAUUAUGGAGAAAUAGCACUUCAUAAAGCAGCAUGGAAUAGUAGUAUUGAAACUGCAGAGGUUCUUAUUGCACAUGGUGCGAAUAUCAAUAAAAAGGAUAAAUAUGGACAAACCCCUCUUCAUUUUGCAGUAUAUUGUUUUUGUAAAGAAUUCGCAGAACUUCUUAUUUCGCAUGGUGCGAAUGUCAAUGAAAGAAUGAAUAUUGGAGAUACAGCACUUUAUACAGCAACAUAUCUUAAUGAUUUAGAAAUGGCUGAACUUCUUAUUUCACAUGGUGCGAAAAAAUAA